UCUAGAACUGAAGCUGUGAAACUUGAACAUAACUUCAGAAGAAGAUUUGAUACUUUAUUUCUGGACUGCAUAUAUAUAACAAGACCAUCAGAAUGUCGGGAGCCUCAGUGAAGGUGGCUGUGCGGGUUCGGCCCUUCAAUUCUCGAGAGACCAGCAAAGAGUCCAAGUGCAUCAUUCAGAUGCAAGGCAACUCGACCAGUAUUAUUAACCCAAAGAACCCAAAGGAAGCUCCAAAGUCCUUCAGCUUCGACUACUCCUACUGGUCUCACACCUCGCCUGAAGAUCCCUGUUUUGCAUCUCAAAACCGUGUGUACAAUGACAUUGGGAAGGAAAUGCUGUUACAUGCCUUUGAGGGCUAUAAUGUCUGUAUUUUUGCCUACGGGCAGACUGGUGCUGGGAAAUCGUAUACAAUGAUGGGCAAACAAGAAGAAAGCCAGGCUGGCAUCAUUCCACAGUUGUGUGAAGAACUAUUUGAGAAAAUCAACGACAACUGUAAUGAAGAAAUGUCUUACUCUGUAGAGGUGAGCUACAUGGAAAUUUACUGUGAAAGAGUACGAGACCUGCUGAAUCCAAAAAACAAGGGUCAUUUGCGUGUGCGUGAACACCCACUUCUUGGCCCAUAUGUGGAGGAUCUGUCCAAGCUGGCAGUCACUUCCUACACAGACAUUGCUGACCUCAUGGAUGCUGGGAACAAAGCCAGGACAGUGGCAGCUACCAACAUGAAUGAAACAAGUAGCCGUUCCCAUGCUGUGUUCACCAUUGUUUUCACCCAGAAGAAACACGAUACUGAGACCAACCUUUCCACUGAGAAGGUCAGUAAAAUCAGCUUGGUGGAUCUAGCAGGAAGUGAACGAGCUGAUUCCACUGGUGCCAAAGGGACUCGAUUAAAGGAGGGAGCAAAUAUUAAUAAGUCUCUUACAACUCUGGGCAAAGUCAUUUCAGCCUUGGCAGAGGUGGAUAACUGCACCAGCAAGAGUAAGAAGAAAAAGAAAACUGAUUUUAUUCCCUAUAGGGACUCUGUACUUACUUGGCUCCUUCGGGAAAAUCUAGGUGGUAAUUCUCGGACUGCAAUGGUUGCUGCUCUGAGCCCAGCAGAUAUCAACUAUGAUGAAACUUUGAGCACUUUGAGAUAUGCAGAUCGUGCGAAGCAAAUUAAAUGCAAUGCAGUUAUCAAUGAGGACCCCAAUGCCAAACUGGUUCGUGAAUUAAAGGAGGAGGUGACGCGGCUGAAGGACCUUCUUCGUGCUCAGGGACUGGGGGACAUUAUUGAUAUUGAUCCAUUGAUUGAUGAUUACUCUGGAAGUGGAGGCAAAUAUCUGAAAGAUUUUCAGAACAAUAAGCAUAGGUACUUGCUAGCUUCAGAGAAUCAACGCCCUGGCAAUUUUUCCACAGCAUCCAUGGGGUCUCUUACUUCAUCUCCAUCUUCCUGCUCACUCAAUAGUCAGGUGGGCUUAACAUCUGUGACCAGUAUUCAGGAGAGGAUCAUGUCUACACCUGGAGGCGAAGAAGCCAUUGAACGCCUAAAGGAAUCGGAGAAGAUCAUCGCUGAGCUGAAUGAAACCUGGGAAGAGAAGCUGCGUAAAACAGAGGCCAUCAGAAUGGAGAGAGAGGCCUUGUUGGCUGAGAUGGGAGUUGCCAUUCGAGAAGACGGAGGAACCCUGGGAGUUUUCUCACCUAAGAAGACCCCACAUCUCGUUAACCUCAAUGAAGACCCACUCAUGUCCGAGUGCCUGCUUUAUUACAUCAAAGAUGGCAUUACAAGGGUUGGCCAAGCAGAUGCUGAGCGGCGCCAGGAUAUCGUGCUGAGUGGGGCUCACAUUAAAGAAGAGCAUUGUAUCUUCCGGAGCGAGAGAAACAACAAUGGGGAUGUUAUUGUGACCCUGGAGCCCUGUGAACGCUCAGAAACCUAUGUAAAUGGCAAGAGGGUGGCCCAGCCUGUUCAGCUGCGCUCAGGAAACCGUAUCAUCAUGGGUAAAAACCAUGUGUUUCGUUUCAACCACCCGGAGCAAGCCCGGGCAGAGCGGGAGAAGACUCCUUCUGCGGAGACGCCCUCCGAGCCUGUGGACUGGACAUUUGCCCAGAGAGAGCUUCUGGAAAAGCAAGGGAUUGAUAUGAAGCAGGAGAUGGAAAAAAGGCUGCAGGAGAUGGAGGUCCUGUACAGAAAGGAGAAAGAGGAAGCAGAUCUUCUUCUGGAGCAGCAGAGACUGGACUAUGAGAGUAAGUUGCAGGCCUUGCAGAAGCAAGUUGAGACCCGCUCCCUUGCUGCCGAGACAACGGAAGAGGAAGAAGAGGAGGAAGAAGUUCCUUGGACACAACACGAAUUUGAGCUGGCCCAGUGGGCCUUCCGGAAAUGGAAGUCUCACCAGUUUACUUCAUUAAGGGACUUACUCUGGGGCAAUGCCGUUUACCUGAAGGAGGCCAAUGCCAUCAGCGUGGAACUGAAGAAGAAGGUGCAGUUCCAGUUUGUUCUGCUGACUGACACCUUGUACUCCCCUCUGCCUCCGGAGUUACUUCCCACCGAAGCGGAAAAAACUCACGAAGACAGGCCAUUCCCUCGGACCGUGGUGGCAGUAGAAGUGCAGGACUUGAAGAAUGGAGCAACACAUUACUGGUCUUUGGAGAAACUUAAGCAGAGGCUGGAUUUGAUGCGAGAGAUGUAUGACAGAGCAGGUGAGGUGGCCUCUGGUGCCCAGGAUGACAGCGAAGCCACUGUGACUGGCAGCGAUCCAUUUUAUGAUCGAUUCCAUUGGUUCAAACUGGUAGGAAGCUCCCCCAUUUUCCACGGCUGUGUGAACGAGCGCCUUGCUGACCGCACACCCUCCCCCACUUUUUCCACGGCCGAUUCUGACAUCACUGAGCUGGCUGACGAGCAGCAAGAUGAGAUGGAGGAUUUUGAUGAUGAGGCGUUCGUGGAUGACACCGGCUCUGACGCAGGGACGGAGGAGGGAUCAGAUCUCUUCAGUGACGGGCAUGACCCGUUUUACGACCGGUCCCCAUGGUUCAUUUUAGUGGGAAGGGCGUUUGUUUACCUGAGCAACCUGCUGUAUCCUGUGCCCCUGAUUCACAGGGUGGCAAUUGUCAGUGAGAAGGGCGAAGUGCGGGGAUUUCUGCGUGUGGCUGUGCAGGCCAUUGCAGCGGAUGAGGAAGCUCCUGAUUAUGGCUCUGGAAUUCGACAAUCAGGAACAGCUAAAAUAUCUUUUGAUAACGAGUACUUCAAUCAGAAUGACUUUUCUUCCGUGGCAAUGACUCGCUCCGGUCUGUCCCUGGAGGAACUGAGGAUCGUAGAAGGGCAGGGUCAGAGUUCUGAGGUCAUCACGCCUCCCGAAGAAAUCAGCCGAAUGAAUGACUUGGAUUUGAAGUCAGGCACUUUGCUGGAUGGUAAGAUGGUCAUGGAAGGGUUUUCUGAAGAGAUUGGAAACCACCUGAAGCUGGGCAGCGCCUUCACCUUCCGCGUGACGGUGCUGCAGGCCGGCGGCGUCCCCCCGGAGUACGCGGACAUCUUCUGUCAGUUCAACUUUUUGCAUCGCCAUGAUGAAGCAUUCUCCACCGAACCCCUCAAAAACAAUGGCAGAGGAAGUCCCCUGGGCUUUUAUCACGUGCAGAAUAUUGCAGUGGAGGUCACCGAAUCGUUCGUGGACUACAUCAAAACCAAGCCCAUAGUGUUUGAAGUCUUUGGGCAUUAUCAGCAGCACCCGCUUCAUCUGCAAGGACAGGGCCUUAACAGCCCACCUCAGCCGUCUCGACGGUUCUUCCCUCCACCCAUGCCGCUCUCCAAGCCAGUUCCAGCCACCAAGUUAAACACCAUGAGCAAAACCAGCCUUGGCCAGAGCAUGAGCAAGUACGACCUUCUGGUUUGGUUUGAGAUCAGUGAACUGGAGCCUACCGGAGAGUACAUCCCAGCCGUGGUUGACCACACAGCAGGCUUGCCCUGCCAGGGGACAUUUUUGCUUCACCAGGGCAUCCAGCGAAGGAUCACAGUGACCAUUAUCCAUGAGAAGGGGAGUGAGCUCCAUUGGAAGGAUGUUCGUGAGCUGGUGGUAGGCCGGAUCAGGAAUAAGGCUGAAGUGGAUGAGGCUGCGGUCGACGCCAUCCUCUCCCUCAACAUCAUCUCUGCCAAGUACCUGAAGUCCUCCCACAACUCCAGCAGGACCUUCUACCGUUUCGAGGCUGUGUGGGACAGCUCCCUCCAUAACUCUCUCCUUUUGAACCGAGUGACACCCUAUGGGGAAAAGAUCUACAUGACCUUGUCAGCGUACCUAGAGCUGGAUCACUGCAUCCAGCCGGCGGUCAUCACCAAAGACGUGUGCAUGGUCUUCUACUCCCGGGACGCCAAGAUCUCGCCGCCGCGCUCUCUGCGCAGCCUCUUUGGCAGUGGCUACUCAAAGUCACCAGACUCCAAUCGCGUCACUGGAAUUUAUGAACUCAGUUUGUGCAAAAUGGCAGACACGGGUAGUCCAGGCAUGCAGAGGCGGAGAAGAAAAGUCUUGGAUACGUCAGUGGCAUACGUGCGGGGAGAAGAGAACUUAGCGGGCUGGCGGCCCCGCGGGGACAGCCUCAUCCUUGAGCACCAGUGGGAGUUAGAGAAGCUGGAGCUCCUGCACGAGGUGGAGAAAACUCGCCACUUCCUGCUGCUGCGUGAGAGACUUGGUGACAGCAUCCCCAAAUCCCUGAGUGACUCGUUGUCCCCCAGCCUCAGCAGUGGGACCCUCAGCACCUCCACCAGCAUCUCCUCUCAGAUCUCUACCACCACCUUUGAAAGCGCCAUCACCCCCAGCGAGAGCAGCGGCUACGACUCCACGGACAUUGAAAGCCUGGUAGAUCGAGAGAAGGAGCUGGCUACCAAGUGCCUGCAACUUCUCACGCACACUUUCAACCGGGAGUUCAGCCAGCUGCACGGCAGCGUCAGUGACUGUAAGCUGUCCGACAUCUCUCCUAUCGGACGGGACCCGUCGGUGUCCAGCUUCAGCAGCGCCACUCUCACCCCCUCCUCCACCUGCCCCUCUCUCGUAGAAGCUCGGAGCAACUCUCUGGAUCAGAAGACCCCAGAAGCCAAUUCCCGGGCCUCUAGUCCCUGCCCAGAAUUCGAACAGUUUCAGAUCGUCCCAACUGUGGAAACGCCCUAUUUGGCCCGAGCAGGAAAAAAUGAAUUUCUCAAUCUUGUUCCAGAUAUUGAAGAAAUUAGACCCGGCUCCGUGGUCUCUAAGAAAGGAUACCUGCAUUUCAAGGAGCCACUUUAUAGCAACUGGGCUAAACAUUUCGUCGUGGUCCGUCGCCCUUAUGUCUUCAUCUAUAACAGCGACAAAGACCCAGUGGAGCGUGGCAUCAUUAACCUGUCCACGGCACAGGUGGAAUACAGUGAGGACCAGCAGGCCAUGGUGAAGACACCUAACGUCUUCGCUGUGUGCACAAAGCACCGUGGGGCCCUUUUACAGGCUCUCAGUGACAAAGACAUGAACGACUGGCUGUACGCCUUUAACCCGCUGCUCGCCGGCACCAUACGGUCAAAACUGUCCCGCAGGUGCCCGAGCGAACCGAAGUACUAAGUGACUCUGCUGAGCGCCCUCACUCACCUUCGAGAGAUAAAGAAAGUGUUGCCCCUCACUUCUCUGUGAUUCUUGACGACCCCUCUCGUGUGUAAGCCUGUGGCGUGACUGCUUUCUCUCCUGUCCACGCUCCUCCUAGCUCUCUGGUCCCGUCUCCAUUGCUCUGUAUCCUUCUUUUCUCCUGUGCCGAGAAUCGUGGUAAUAGCAUGUGGCCCAACAAAAGGGAGAAAAAAAAAACGAACAAACACAAAUGACCCAGAGGAGAUCUGGUGAAUCUCCAAAUUACUUUUUCGUGACCUUUGGCUUCCUUUUGUAUGACAGGUCCGCAUCUGACCACCCGUGAUGUCUGUGCUGCUGUCUUUGGAUAUCUUUGUCUGUUUUUUAAGACCACAUAAUAUGUUCUUUUUUCUUUUCUCUACUUGUGGUAUCACUUUAAUUUUGGGGGGGUGGCAUCAGAGACUAAGGGAGGAAACAUCUGGCCUUUUUUGAACCUGAAAGGAAAAAACUUGACCUUUUUCCCUUUCCUCUCUUUUUGUCAUUGCUAAUCGCUGCAUUUUCCAUCCAGGGAAAAGGUUGUAGUGAGCUUAGAAAUGGCACAGGUACAUUCUCUGAAAUUGGAGCUUAUUUAGAAUGUAGCUACACGGUUUUCUCUUAGUGGAAGAGAGAAGGGGGGACAUUUUACCGGGCCUGGAACAGCAGCUGCCGCUGACCCCAUAGGAAGGGAAAAGCCAAGGACGUGGCCCGUGCGUCUGGGAGGACCGCGGGGUCUGGCGGCGGCUCGUGAGGAAGGACGGGCAGUAGGGCAGCUCCUCCCAGCGGGGCUCCUGCGAACUGCUCUUCUCUCCGAAUUUCUCAUUUCUCUUCUUGGCGUUAGUGAUGAUGGUACAGUUUGGAAUUAGGGCCAUGUCGUACACCACUGUUCCCCAAGGGGGGGGGCGACUCCCCUUCUCGGGGGCUUUGUUGUCCUUAUAAUUACGGCGACGCUGAGCAGUGACCUUGUGAUCCUUCUAGCCCCCUUUCAUCGAACAAGUGUUAACUUGCAAGUGUAGACUUGAAGUCUCCCUCUGAGUCCAGUGGGCAUUUUCAAUGAUCCGUGUCAAAUUGAAAAUACUUUCAGUAAUGCUGCUCCCCAUGUAAUCAUAAAUACGCAGACAUGGCAGGCUUUGCCUUCUGUAUCCCAGGGUUAGAGCCGCUCCCUCCCCACCACUAAAACAAAACAAAAGGACCCCUGGGGGCAGGAGGCGGUGUGCCCAGGCCAGGGCCCCCGUGGCUCGCUGCUGCGUCCGCCUGGCCUCUCCUCGGUGUCUUCAUCCGAGGCGGAAGUAUCGAGGCGGAAGUAUCGCCGGAGGAAUCCGAGGCGGAAGUAUCGCCGGAGGAGAAAGGAGGACGCUCGCUGCUGCCGGUCUCCUUCUCUGACGGAUCAGGGUCGUCUGCACCCGGAAGCCAGCGAGGAAGAAGAUCGAUCCUCCUUCUCUUCGAGCUGCCAGGCAGUUAGGUUUUCUAGGCGUGAGCUGGGGACGAGAAGGCCUCCCGGUUGCUCCAGCCGCCUUGCCAGUUGGCCUGGGGUGUUUGGUGCCGUCCUUGACCCCCCUCGCGCAAACCUCUGACCCUCGUCGGGUGUUCAGGAAGGUAGCUGCCCUCUCCCACCUUGUGGAGCCUGAGGGCCCCCAGCCGUGAGGUUGCCCACUCUGUGGGGUCCGGCAGCCCAGGCGGGGCUCGUGUGUGAGAGCCCGGCAGGCGCGCCGUCCGUGGACCCUGGCUUCUGACUUCCUGCUUGGGCUCAUCUCUGGGGACAGGUCUCUCGGCUUCAGUGCAGUUGUCUUGCACAGGGAAGAAAAGUGAAUCGUGGUGAGCUUAAGAGAAACGAUAGAAAUCACGGGCUGUGACCUUAGCCGAAAAGUGAUCAAUAAAAACUCUACAGUAGAUUUCUAACUUUUUUUCUCUCCUUAAACAUAGGUCAUUAACUGUAACGUUACUUGUUUUCUAAGCGGUGCGUGAGACUUUUAGUGUAGUUAGAGGUUCCUGACGGACACGAUGGCCCUUCCGGUGCGUACUGUCGGUGCUUCGCAGCAGCUCCUGGACUGGAAGGAAGUCCAGCUGCAGGGAGACGAAGAUGAAAUUUGAAGAUUAGUCUUAGUGAAGGCACAGGUGCCGCUGCUGUUUGUCACGAAGCCUGACAGAGGGCCCUGUGUCUGUCACAGGGAGGUGGGGAGGGCUGAGGGGGAGUACAGACACAUGAGAAGCUGAAAUGACAUUUGGUUUUUCUUCUAACUCAAACAAAACGGGCUGGGAAAGUCUUUGCUUUGGAGUCAGAUACCAGGACAGGUGGGACUGGACGGUCAUAGCACCCCCGGGAGGAGGGCCUCCUGCGGAAGGAGGACACGCACAGUCCUGCCUGCCGGGUCUCAGGCAGGUGCACUUCCGCCGUCUGAGGACAGCCCUCACGGGCGGCCCCUCUUCCUCCCGCGGCCCAUUUUCAGAUUGGAGUUGGAACAGUUUCGAGAUCAGCGUUCCCUUUCUGGGCGGGUCCAGCCCUGCUGAGAAGCUGAGAGAGCCCUGGUGGCAGGAGCUGCUUAUGAGGCUUUAGCUGAAGCCACGGUGGCAGGAAAGUUGUUACUUAAUAUGAUAUUAAUAUUGUAUUCGUAUUUAAGGAAUAGUAUUUAAGGAAACUACCUUUUGAGGGUUUCUUCUGUGUUUUUUUUCCCUAAAGCAUUCCUUUAAACAAGCAACAAAACAAAAACAGAAAGGAAGAGCUCGUAUGCAAAUUAAGGAGAAGUGAGUGCCAGUUAAAAGUAAGCCUCCCCUCUCCUCCUUCCCCCUCGCCUCUCUCUGCCUAAGCAAAGUCUGGCCUCACAGCCCCACUCAGAGCCGGGCCCAGCGUCCUGCCCUCUGCGCCAGCCCUGGGGAGUCAGCCAGCUCUCUGGCCAGGCUGUGGGCCCCCCCCCCCACCAGCCGCACACAGCGGGGGGGCGUGGGGAGGGGCACCCGGACCCGGCACACCUGACGGAGCUCCAGCGCGCACUGUGAGCCCAAGGGACGGGACUUUUCCAACGAAGAAACUACUCCUCUUUUGCUUUUCUCUUCCCUUAGCUGCAUAGAACUUACACAACUACUCAUACUUUUGAUGGGUUUUUUCAGCUCUUUUAAGGUGAAGGAGUGAGGUCAAAUCAUUGUGAAGGGUCUUUCGGGAUCUAAAAUUAAGCUGGCUUCUCCUGGCACGUAUUUCAAAGCAAAGACUUUGUUGCCUGCUGCUUGUUCUAAUUUACAGGGAUAUUUAAUUUUGUAAGGUGUGUGUAUAUUUAUAGAGCUGUGAUUAAUUGCACAUUGGACUGGAAGAGAGCGGACAACCCGCCGUGUGGCAGCUGUCGGUCCUCCAUUUCCUCAUGCUGUGCCCACGCGGCCUCCGGGAGGGGAUCAGGGCUUGCUUGUCUGUCUGUUGGACUCGGGUCCUUCAUUUUUGCUUUGGGUUCCCUUGUUAAAAUGUGAUGGCUAACCUGCUCCCUAAAAAGAAAACACUAAUUCUGCUGCUGCUCACGGAAGGUUUGCUGAAUGUAUUUUAAACAGGACUCUGGCUCGUGCACACCACAGCUGUCCUCUGUGGCCAGACCCUUACUGUAUGUAGCAGGGACGUAUGGAUUUGUGCUUCCUUAGCAAAUUGAAAUGUCAGCUGAGAGAUUUUCUGCUGCUGUUGUUCAAAAGGCCAUUUCAGAAAGUUGCAUUCGAGCCCCAUGGAAUCUUAGGAAAGCCUGUGAUCAUUUAAUGGAAAGGAUGAGAAUUGAUACAAAUUUCAUGUUAAAAGCUGUGCUCAGAAGGUCGAGCUGAGGUUGGUCUCUUCCCGAACCCUGGCUGUUGUGUGUCGUCUCCAUGUCUCCGAGUCCCCUUUUUCAGGCUGCACAUUCUGGCAUCUGCUCCCCCGAGGAGUCCAUCGGCCUGCUUGCGCCAAGGCGCCGCCCGUCGGGGUCCCUCCUCGCCACCUCGUGCGCUGCAACAGAACCCAUGGAGCAUACGUGGCCUUUUCGAACCAAGACUUUGCAAACUGAUCUCUCCCCAGUAAGGAGUUGAGCACAUUAGCAACAAUGUACAUUAUUAAUUUCAGAUUUUCAUUUUCAUGUUUUAUUAUGUAAAUAUGAUCCGAUGUUUGGAGCUUGAGUAUACAGAAUGUAAAUAUAGUUCUUGUAUUUGUACUAAUUCUGGUUCUUUUGCUGUAUAGCCUUAGAUGUGCAAUGCAGACAUUAUCUAACUGUGUACGGUAACCUUGCAUCACGGACCUACUAGUGAACGAGGUAAAAAUAAUAAAGGUACAGCCAGUGCAUCAGAA